CGCUCGCUCGCUCCGUCCACCCUCAGUUAGUCAGUCAGUCACUCGCCUGCUCCGUCCGUCCACCCAUCCGUCAGUCGUCAUUUUCUAGUAUAUUAUUUUACUUCUGGAAUAUUCUUCUGACGAGAAAAAAAAACCCUUUUAUUAUUGAUUUAAUCAUAACUUUCACCGAUUGUUUUUUGUGGCCUCUUCAUUUUAUUACAAUGUAUGCAAUUCAUAUUUCUAUACAUUCAUUUUUUCGGCUUUCAUAGAUGAGAACAGCGAUUGGAACUAUUCUUACAAACAAAACAGUAUCGUCUCUAUCGGAUGUCAAGCAGUUAGGAUCUGCCCUAAGUCAAGUAACUCUUGUUAAGGAAGAGGUUACUGUAGACAUUCAGGAAAUAAGCUUAAAGCAAUUCCAAGAAAUGGCAGUUAUAGUGAACAAAAAGUCACGUGAUAGGGAGACUCUUGCAAGUCAUAUCGAAGACACAGCAGUCAUAGUAGAAACGGGCAUAGUCAAUGUCAUCAUGGCGGCUAGUUUCACGGCCAGAUUGGAGCCUCGUACCAAUGAUAGCCACUUGUCAUUUAAUACUACCAGGGAAAAGGCAAGGUCGAUUGCCUUGGAGGCCAUGGCGACGCUCAGUAAUGUAACUGACAUCUUAAGUUCCCUGGCUGUUGUAGGAGAUGAACCUCUGGUUAUAUCUGUUCCACAAAUGUCUAUGGUCCUAAAAAAGAUAAGAUCCGACGUUGAAGAAGAACACACUGUUGGGAAUGGGCAGGUGUCUGUCCACUUUCCUAGCGUUUCUGAAGUGCUGGCUGGAAAUAAGGCUGGUAAAAAUGUGGAUUUACAGGUGCUUGUUUUCUCUGACAAUCCGUUUACAUGGGAUAACACUUCAAUGACCAUUUCUUCGCACGUGCUGACUGUUCUACUCAAAGAUGACAAACAGAAUGUUUUAGAAGUGUCCUCCCUUCAAAAUGAAAUCAGUUUAUUGAUACCUCGCAACGUCGACUUACUGACCAAACCAAGACCAGCGUUUAUGAAAGGGGAAAAUGGAAGCAUUGUUUAUCGUACAUUUGACAUAGAGAAUGUCGGAGAACCAAAGAUCAUUCAGAUUACAUCGAAUAACAACGACGCAUUGUUUGAGAUUCAUUGGCGUUAUGGAGAACGACCUCAGGUGGGAGGUGAUCACUUCGUUGCAGUUGUACCAGACUUUACAUCCUGUAGAACUCUUGAGAACGGUUAUGAGAUUUGCGAGUAUGACCCUUACACUGUCUUCAUAGACGCAUCUUUGAUACCAGUAGCUGGUGAAUACUACAUGGGAAUCGUAGCCUAUCGGGAUUCAAAACAUAUCAACGGUACACAGUCACGUGAGCGUAGGUCUUGUUCAGAUGGCGUACGAGUCAGACGUUCUUGUAUAGAGUAUAGGGAUCCUCCACCUCGACCUGCAACUGGGCCUCAGGACGAAUACAAACUACAGAUCCCCGAGUAUGACCCUGAGAGAGACAUCAAUUACACUGUUAAUAGUUUUUCAUCUCCAUGUAAGUUUUGGGAUGAGAAAAAUGAGACAUGGACAUCUAAAGGAUGUAAGGCUGGAAACCAUACACGAGUUGAUCGGGUCCACUGCCUCUGUAAUCAUUUGACAUCUUUUGGAGGAGGAUUCGUCACCGCCCCCAAUCCAAUUGACUUUGAUAAAGUGUUCGAGGGCUUCCAGAACUUAUCUGACAAUAUCGCUGUUCUUGCAACCAUUGUUACAGCAUUUGCCAUCUAUAUUUUAUUGGUGAUAUGGUUGAGAAGAAUGGACAAGCGAGACGAGACCAUCGGCAUCCCUACAAUAAUUACAAGUGGUGAUAUCGCCCGGAACAGCUAUGAGCUCAUAAUCCAAACAGGUCCGUGGCGAGGUUCUGGUACUACAGCCAACGUGUUUAUAAUGUUGGUCGGCGAAGAAGGACAAAGUAGUCCCAUAGCUCUUACAGAUGAAAAGAAAGUUCUUUUUACAAGAGGAUCUACAAACGAAUUUCUCUUAUUGUUACCAGAAAAUCUGGGAAAACUACUGUACCUCAAGAUAUGGCACGACUUGUCGGGCAUUGACUCAUCUUGGUAUCUCAGUUACGUCAUCAUUCGGAAUACUGAAGCUAGCGAACAAUACAUUUUUGUAUGUGACCGCUGGCUCGCCCUAGAGAAAGGAGACGGCUCAGUUAGUCGUGUAAUACAAGUAAGCGACUCAAAGGAACUAACGAGUUUUGGAAUUUUGUUUCGAACGAAGACAUCGAAAGACAUAUUUGAUGGGCACCUGUGGAUCUCAGUUGUGGCAAAACCCUCUAAGAGUACGUUUACACGUGUUCAAAGACUGACAUGUUGUAUGUCAAUUCUAUUUAGCGCCAUGAUAACAAACGCCAUGUUUUACAACAUUGGCAACACGCCAGAUAAUUCAACUGUUUCUGUCGGACCCCUGACGCUCAGCCUCCGGCAAGUCAUUAUUGGGGUACAGAGCAGUUUGAUCGCUCUUCCUUUAAACAUCAUCGUCUUACAAAUAUUUCGAAAUCUGAAACCAAAGCCAACGGUCAGUUCAAAAUACUCACGGCCAUGCUCACGCAGUAGAAACGCAGUCGGCGCCAGUGACGACUGGUCAGUGAGCGACGUCCCUGACAAGAAAAAUGGAAAAGCAUCUGGCCCACGCUUACCGCACUGCUGUAUCUACAUCGCAUAUUUUCUGUGCUUUGUAGUGAUUAUGACUUCAGCAACAUUUACUUUGUUCUACAGCAUGGCGUGGGGAAGGGAGAUUUCCAACAAUUGGCUCUCGUCUAUGCUUAUCUCCUUUUUCCAGGACGCAUUUAUUACGCAGCCCUUAAAGAUUUUCCUCGCUGCCUUAAUCAUCUCUUCAAUUAUAAAGAAACUGCCUAGCGACUUCAAAGAAAGCUCAACUUCCUUGGACAGAAAAACAAGCAGCAAAGAGCCUGGACGACAAAUGGAAUUUGACCCGGAAGAAGCGAUCAAAACACCAUGUAGCAUGUUUGAACCCCCAGACGAGGCUUUAGUUGAAAAGGCCAGAAAAUAUAAGUUGUUGGAAAUGAAAGCCUUUACCAUCUUGAAAGAAAACAUCUUCCACCUGUUAUUUCUGUCAUCCCUGUUAGUGAUAAGUUAUACUGCCCGAGACCCUGAUGCGUUCACACAGAGCAGCCAUCUGAGAAAUGUGUUUAGCAGACAGACAAAUGAUGUCAAGAGUCUUUGGUUUUUCGUGGAGAGUGAUUUGUUGCCAUUUGUUUUUGAUAAAAAGUGGUAUAAUGGCGAGGAAGACAUAUUCGACGGCUUUACUGAUGACAAAUAUUUGUACAUUGUUGGUAUGCCUCGCCUUAGGCAACUCCGGACCAAAAAAGCUAAAGGAGUCUGCAAAGGAAAAUAUGCCAAAUACUUCAACUCGAGUUGUGAUGGUUCUUAUUCCAUUGUCGACGAGGAAAAAGACUUCUUUUUACCUGGUUGGGUGAAGACAGCUGAUCUGACCUUCUCUGCAUGUCCGAUUCCCUGGCGAUACCAGACAGCUUUAACACUGAACGGACUGCCUUAUUGGGGAAGCAAGACGGUUUAUAGUGGAGGGGGAUACACAGCUGACUUGGGAUAUUACAUGGAACAAGCCAAGGGAGUGAUACGCGAUUUACAGACUUAUAACUGGAUUGAUAAGUUCACUCGUGGAGUGUUUGUCGAGCUAACAGUGUUUAACGCCCCGACCAAUCUUUUCAGCAGUGUGACCUACCUAGUGGAGUUGACAGGAAUCGGUGGUGCUUCGACGUAUGCUAAGGUUGAUACGUUCCGUCUCUAUCAGCAUGUCGGUGCCUGGACUGCCUUGGUAGCAUUUUGCGAGUUUGUCGCCGUUGUGACAGUUGCUAUAGUUUUCUAUGUUACUUGCAAAAAGAUUUUAAAGAAACGAAAGGAGUUCUUCAAAAAUUCGUGGAAUGUUGUUGAUGUUGCUCAGAUUGUGUUAUGUUUCUCUGCUGUCGGAUUGUUCUUCAUUCGACUUAUGAACACAAAGUGGACCAUCAACAAAGUUCAAGAAAAUCCAUUCGUUUUUAUAAGUUUUCACUACGCAAUAAAAUGGGACGAAAUUAGCACUUACGUUAUAAGUUCCAUUGUUUUCAUCGCCACGUUGAAGUUUCUCCGACUUUUGAGUUUUAAUCGACACAUUGCAGUACUCGGGCACACAAUUUCACGAGCUUCCAAGGGUCUGCUGCCGUUGGGGAUGGAAGCUUUGGUGGCGGUUUUGGCCUUCAAUAUCUUCGGCUACGUUGUCUUUGGAAGCAAGGUUGAGGGGUUUGCGGAUUUUAUAUCGACGUCUGAAACUACAUUGGCCAUGACACUGGGAAAGGCGUACUUUAUGGAUCUGAGUCAUGCCGAGCCUAUGCUUGGACCAGUGUUUUUCUCUUCAUUUGUUAUAGCGAUGCAAUUUUUUUUGCUGAACAUGUUCAUGGCAGUCAUUAUGGACACAUACAGUGACGUGAGUUCUGAAAUCGAUGAAAACUCUCCUGAAUUCGAAAUGACUGAAUUUUUACUCUCUUAUUUAAAAUCUCUUUUUGGAAGUGGAUCGGAGUUUGAGGCCGGAGACGAGGUCUGGAGAAAAUCCAGAGAAAUGGUACAAAAACCCAUUAAGAAGAGGACUGUCAAAGAAAACUGUCAAGUUCUUAAGGAACAACGUAAAUUGCUUAGCAAAAAGAUAAAAGCAUUGUACAAAUUGGACAGAGAUGUUGGCGAUUCGGAGCUAUCUUUCGUCGAGCAAUGGAAUAUCCAUUGUAGCGCUGGAAAUCUCAAAAGAGAUACAGAGUUUCUGGUGAUGAUGACAUUUUACCUGUGCCAAGACUCAAGGCAUUCGUUCGAACUCACAAUUUGUGAUGAUCAAACUGAGGCAUCUGCAUGAAAAAUCCUUUGUUGUGUUUGCUGCUGGCUUGGGGGAUAGGGGCCAUGAGUUGUAGGUUCAAAGUUGGCCCAACAACUUCACAGCUGACAGUUACUCCAUAUGAAUGUUCACUUCACACAAAUGCCACUUUGGGUAGCCAAGUUUAGCGACGUUUUGUAAAGUUCUCCAUUUUCACCGCCACACUGAUUAAUCUCGCAAAGCACAAGGUGUCCCUAGGUCACAUUGCCUUUGUUUAUCUCAGUAUAGUUUGGUUUAAAGUUUACAGUUAGAAAACUUAAUUAAAGCGUUUUAUGAAAAUUUUUAUUUGUAUUGACAUGCGUUAUUGACAAUUUUUAUGCCAUAUACGAAAACCUCAGGAAGCAAGUUUGAAAACAAGAUACAAAACAGAGCAAAUAGAUAUUCUUCUUCUUGGUUUCCUGUCAAACGCAUCCGGUAGAUCGCCGGCUUUGAUUAGUUCUCGAACAGCAUGCUUUGUCAGAGAGCAGAUGCACGCUAAGCUGAAUUUCAAAUUUUUGCCUCGUAAUUUUGACAAACUUGACCCAAAUUAAACGUUCCCUGUAACUCAGGCAAACGAAAAAGAAACGAGCUAUUUGACUGCGGUAAACGUAGUUGCCUGGAGGCCAUUGUUAGCAACCUAACAAUAGAAAUGCUAAAACAGUACUAAACUAACAAGUUUUUUCUAAAUUCCGACAAAACGGUAAAGCUUAAUCACGUAACAAAAUAAACAAAUUCUCAACCUAGCGAAUGCUUCGAUAAAUAUAUUAUAUUUGUUACGAAGACAGAAAUUAUACUUUAGAAGUAAAACGACAGAAAAUACCACCUGAGCUGUCUCUGUUUAUGAUGAGAAACUUUAGUUUUGUAAA